AUGGCGUCCCUCCAGUCUGGCGGCGUUCCCGCUUCUGCUAUCAAUUCCCCGCCUUUAAUUCUCAAGAGGAAGCCUCUACCAAACCAUGCUAUCGCUUUGAACUCUCCCCUGUCUAACCAGGACCAUCACUCUGAUCACUCCGACCACUUCGAGGAGCCCGACCACUCCUCUCCCAUUCAUACCCCUGCUAGUCCGACCUCCCUGUUCUCCUCCUACGAAGACGACCGCGACGACGACAACGCCGACAAAGAAGAAGACUCCUUUAUACCGCCAAGGAAUUCACUCAGAUAUUCCCGUGGACCACACCCAGCGAAUCCACUCCGGAUCGAUACCGCUGCCUCUGCCUCAUUUCUGAGGUCUGUCGCUGAGGACGACGACGACUCCGAAGAAGGCGCCGACUACUUUGACGACGACUACGCCCACCAGUUCACGAAUGGAACCCCAUCUUCCCUCCAUAGUCGUCUAGUGAGCGAGCCUUUUAUACCCGUCCUGACCUCGCCUCCUCCAACCCAACGACGUGCCUCGAGUAUGGCCUUGCACCCACCCAUCAAUCGGCCACCUCUCCAUAUUGAUAUAAACGAUCGAUCGAUGUCCAUGCCCAUGGGUCCAGAUCCCAGACAACCAAAGACCCCCGGUAACAAAAUAAGCUCCUUCUUCGGUUGGAAAGGAAACACUGCAAGUUCCCCUGGUGGUGAAUCUUCUAGCACUGAGAUCUCCGAUGGUGGCCGGUCCCCCAUGCCAUCACCAAUGCCUCCUCUGGCCAAUGUCCCCAUAAAACCACCCUCUCCUUAUGAUACUAAAUCCUCCAUGAGCUACGGACUCCCGGCUAGAACACCCUCGGUAAGCGGGAUGAGUGCUCAGGAGGUGAUGUAUGCGUCCAAGUUUGCGGAUCUAGAAAAUGAAUUACGAGAAAUCAGCUCCGAAUUAGCCGGCUCUAUCCGCCGCGAGAUGGAGCUCGAAGACUUAAUUGAGCGCUUUCAAACAGAGGGACCUGAGUCCAAUCGGCGUACGAGUGAUUACUUCUCUGAUUCUGGUACUAGCUCUGUUCGGAUCCCUUCUGAUGCGGGCCGAAUGGAGGAUGAUAUCGGGAAGAUUCGUCGGGCUGCAGAGCAAGAACGUGCACAGUUGAAAGUACAAUUAUCACAAAAGCUCCAAGAAGAACGACUCAAGCGAACUACGUCAGAGUCUCACGUACAGAUCUUGGAAAACCAGGUCCAACAACUUCGCCGUGAAAGAGUGGAUUUGUCCGAUCUCUCAUCCAAGACCCGAGAAUUAGAAACCACCAUUGAAGAUACUCGCCGGAAACUGCUUGAAGAGCGACAAUCGAAGGAUAACUUUGAAGAUUUAUUAACAGCCAUGCGAGUUGAAUUGGAGCAACUACGAAAUGAACGUGAUCUUCUUCGAGAAGGCAAGGCGUCAGCUUCAGACAAUAACUCUGACAACCAGCGGUUGUUGGAGGAGAUCGAAGCGCUCAAGGUCGAAAAUGCAUCCCUCGCACAGUUACAAGGUGGGCGCUUUGCCUCUAUUGCUGAGGAAGAAGGCGCGGCCAGCAAGCGUAACUCUGCCUUUGGCCUUUCAAGGUCGAAUUCCCUCGCUCGUAAGCCUAGCGGUUUAGCGCGGUCAGGUUCAUUAUCACGAUCAAACUCUGUGAAUGUCAACAAGGAUCGUGAGAGUGGAGGUGAAGGAUCACUGGUUGACAAGGUCAAGGAUAUUGAGGCCCAGCGUGAUGCUCUUCACCGCACAUUAAGAAGCCUCUUGGAUCGCCAUGCCCAGCAAGCACGGGAGUUUGAGAAACGCGCCCGUAUCAUGGAUGCCGAACUUCAACACGCCCAACAGACUGUCUCUCCCCGCAAGCCCGGCUAUGAGAAAGACGUGCAAAGCUUGCGCGAUGAAAUAAACCACCUCCGUAUGCGUGCCGAAGAUGCCCUGGAUGGAAAGUGGCAGUGCGAGAAGAACCUGGCGGGUCUCAAGAUGGAUCUUGACCGUGCUGAGCAGGAGACCAGCUCUCUCCGGGUUCUGCUCCAGCAACACGACUUAGCUGCUUCCGAAGGCUCUGAAGAUGGCCAAGAAAGCUUCGCCGAGGUUAUGGCGAACUCUUCUUCACUGGAAGUUGUAUAUGAGCAACUGCAAGCCGAUCGACAGCAUGCUGAGAGUAGCGUUGCGCCAUCAACCGAAUUGACCGAUUCAAUCUACAGGUCUGACCAACUGGCCUAUAAUGUCCAGCAGCAAGUUCAAGUCAACAACUCAUUGCGCGGUCGCCUAGCAUCAGCUAUUGACAAGGGUGAGCGCGAUCAGCACCUUUCUGUUGAGCGCAUCAAUUAUCUGCAAAAUCAAAUGAAGGAGUACGAGGAUUCCCUCAUUAUUGCGCAGCAGUACACCGAAGAAGAGAUGGGCAAGCACGAGGAAGAGAUUCGCCAACUCAAAGACAGCCACAAUGCUCAACUGAUGAGAAUGAAGAAUGGCGCUCGCACUGCGGCAGCCCUCUCCCCACGCCCCCAAAACACACCAUUCAGCACUCGUUCACCACAGUUGGACAAGACCACCAGCGGCGAUGGAAUGCCACUCGUCGAAGUCGUGCAAAUUGACAGGUUUGAGAAGCGAGUGAAGGACCUCGAAAAGAACCUUCGCGACGCCGACAUGGAGAUGGAAGAAGUGAUCGGAAGAAUGAAUCGCGCACAGGUUGAUGUGGCCCAACUACAAUCUGACAGGGACGAGGCAUUGCGCCAAACACGCCAACUACAAGUUGACAUUCAGGCCGAGCGCGAAACGCUCCGAGCUCUGAUGGGCUAA